AUGGGCGAGAGACAUGCACGCUCCUUUCAUAUGAGAUGCCACAGGCACAGGGACUAUGGUGGCAGACUUGGCAGCUCCAUGAAGAGCUACGGGCCCAACGGCUAUGCAAGCACCAGCCUGAGCCUCAGCAUGGACCAGAGCCUGGAUGAGGAUGCCAACCAGGCUGAGUGCACAACCACUACUACUACAACUACUAUGACUGGCGGGGCUGCUUCUGCAGACGGGAGCCACUACUCUCCUGUUUCACUGGAACUGGACCCUGCGGCGGUGAAUAAUGGAUCAGGCAUUCCCUGCUGUGCGGCCGCGGACACAAAAGACCCAGCACUGCAGAUUGCACCAGGCCGGCCCUCCAUUUCCACUCUCCCGCCGGCACUCCCUCGAUCAAGCUGGCUGCAUCACCAUCAUAAGGAGUUCCAGAGCCCCUACAUCAAGACCAGCAUGCAGGGCGAUGUCUACAACUUCCUGGAGAGACCUGCCGGACUGAAGUGCUUCCUCUACCACUUUCUUGUCUUCGUCAUGGUCCUGGUGUGCCUUAUCUUCAGCGUCCUGUCCACCAUCGAGCAGUAUGCUGACUUUGCCACCGGGACGCUCUUCUGGAUGGAGAUUGUGCUGGUGCUGUUCUUUGGCACGGAGUACGUGGUGCGGCUCUGGUCGGCCGGCUGCCGCAGCAAAUACGUGGGCAUCAAAGGACGCCUCCGCUUUAUCAGGAAGCCCAUAUCCAUCAUAGAUUUGAUCGUGGUCAUUGCCUCGGUCAUUGUGCUGAGCGUCGGGUCCAACGGCCAAGUGUUCGCCACAUCUGCUAUCAGGGGCAUCCGCUUCCUGCAGAUCCUGCGUAUGCUGCACGUGGACAGACAGGGAGGAACGUGGAGGCUUCUGGGAUCCGUAGUCUUUAUCCAUCGACAGGAGCUAAUCACCACCCUCUACAUUGGCUUCCUGGGCCUCAUCUUCUCCUCCUACUUUGUCUACCUGGCGGAGAAGGAUGCCGUGGACGAGGAGGGGAAAACGGGCUUCUCCAGCUAUGCCGACGCCCUUUGGUGGGGGGUGGUGACUGUCACCACGAUCGGCUACGGCGACAAGAUCCCCCAGACGUGGAUCGGCAAGGCCAUCGCCUCGUGCUUCAGCGUCUUCGCCAUCUCCUUCUUCGCCUUGCCUGCUGGUAUAUUGGGCUCAGGCUUCGCCUUGAAGGUGCAGCAGAAACAGAGACAGAAGCACUUCAACCGACAGAUUCCUGCUGCGGCCUCCCUCAUCCAGAAGAACGGGUCAUAA